UUCAUUCAACAUUUUCUGCUUUCAGCGACUCAUUCAGCAAAAGCCAAAAGCAUCUGUUGCAGCUGCAUCCCAGAGAGAGAAGCGUCUGAGAGCGUGUGAGUGAGUGAAAGAGAGAGAGUAAAGUGUGUGAGAUGGAGGGAAACAGAGGAGAGCAGGAGCAGGUGGAAAAACCAGAGGCAUUCACAGAGGAAGAAAGAGUGACGAUCAAGACCACCUGGUCGAAGGUGUAUGACAAUAAAGAGGCAGCAGGAGUUGCUGUGCUCAUCAGACUCUUUACGAGUUUCCCUGUAGCGAAGGAGUACUUCAGCGAGUUUCGGCACAUGGAGGAUGUGCAGGAAAUGCAGGCGAGCAAGCAGCUGCAGAAACAUGCGGUGAGAGUGAUGACGGCACUCAACACGCUGGUGGAAAACGUCCAGGAUGGAGAGAAGAUGGCAUCUGUGGUGGAGCAGGUAGCCAAAUCCCACGCGCAAAAGCACAAGGUCGAGCCACGGUACUUUAAAAUUCUGGCUGGAGUUAUUCUAGAAGUGCUGGUGGAGAAUUUCCCAGAAACCUUCAGUGAGGAGGCACAGAGGCCGUGGUCAAAACUGAUGGGUGUAGUUUACUAUCAUGUCACUCUGGUCUACUCGGAGAUCGGCUGGACUUCCAAAGAGUGAGAGAGAGAGAGAGAGAGAGACAGAGAGAGAGAGAGAGAGAGAGAGAGAGAGAGAUCUGUCCAGUAACCCGUCUCUACAGGAAUUAUAUUCAUCAGGGAGCAAAAUUCAGAUUAUUUAGCAAUGAGAAACUACAAUUUUUGCGAUCAAUGUGUAUUUCAUCAUAACCUAAAACUGCCAUGUUGCUUUUCAGGGAUUUAUAGCAGGUAGCGGCUGCAAAGUGGGCGGAGCUUAAAGUAUUCUUUAUAGUUUUUAUGUUUAAAGAAAUGUAUUUGUUGAUCAUUUUAAAGCUUUAUGUUUUAUUAAUGCAAGUUAAAAGUAGACAUCAACACAGAGGGGACUUGACGGGGGCAGGGGAGGGUGGCUGAUCAAAUCUAAGUAUAUAUAUGUGUGUGUGUGUGUGUGUGUGUGUGUGUGUGUGUGUGUGUGUGUGUGUGUGUGUGUGUGUGUGUGUGUGUGUG